AUUCGAAGGGGUUCACGUUACUAUUGCGCUCAUAAACUUUUAUUUCAUUUGAGAAAAAAACGUAUAGAAAUAAAAUGAAGUUCAUUUUGGUCGUUUGUGGUGUAAUUCUGGUGGCCAUGUUGGCAAAAGCUUUUCCAAGCGAAGCUGAAUAUGACGAAGAUCUAUUCGAAAUGGUAACUUUUGACAGAAAUGGUUUUGCCAUUAACGAAGAACAGAUUCAAUGCAUUAAAGACGGCGUUCAAAAGGUUAUCGAUGAUAAUCCCGAAUUGAAAUGGUGGUUUGAUAAAGUGAAAGAAUCAGCAACAAAAUUGGUAAAGGCUGCCAAAAAAUGUGAAACGCUCAGUGGUAUCGAACAAAAGAAAUGCAUUUUGAAAGUUAAAGUUGCUGCAAAAUUGGAGCUCCGUCGUUUGAUCAAAUUAUUGCCAGACGACCAAAAAGAAGUGUUGGGAAUACUCAAGGACGUCAUCAAGAACUGCUUAGAAUAAGUUCGUAUUGGCCAUUGGUACAUUGUCACAGGCAUGGUUUUAAUCCAAAAAUAAGCAUUUUAUAUACUCAAAACUAUGGAAACAAAAUCAAAGUUUAUGUCUCUUUUUUUGUACUGUACUCAACGAAACGACCGCAUUUUAAUAAAAAAACAUACCAAAAAAACGCACACACACAAACUUA